GUCACUCUGCGACAAUCGUCAUUCCAUUAAUUUCGGCAUAAUUUUCCAGUCCUAGUAUAAAAAGAAGUAACAGUCUUGAAGAUUCAGCGUUCUUUUGACUACGAUGGAGUUUCCACCUUGCCCUCCCUCGUUAAAGUCAAUACAGCACUUCCUGAAGUUGGCCCAGGAACACGACACACGGGAUGUAGUCAUAGCCUAUUGGGCUAGACUCUAUGCCCUCCAGGUGGGCCUCAAGGCCUCCACCCAAACGGGAGAGGAAACUAAGUUACUACUCGGCAUUAUGGACUGGCUAGAACAGAUGAAAAAACAGUAUGCCGAUAAUGAGGCCGUGACUAAUGAGGUGGCUGCCCAGGCUCAUAUUGAAAACUACGCGCUGAAAUUAUUCUUGUAUGCCGAUAAACAGGAUCGCGAGGAGAACUUUGGCAAAAAUGUCGUUAAGGCCUUCUACUCCAGUGGGGUGCUCUACGAUAUACUUCAAACCUUCGGGGAGUUGAGCGAGGAGGCGCUGCACAACAGAAAGUAUGCCAAGUGGAAAGCAGCCUACAUUCACAAUUGUCUGAAAAAUGGUGAGACACCCAUUCCCGGUCCCUUGCCUGAUGACGAUGACGAGGCUGAGCUCGAGGGGGCGAAUGCUAACGCCUCGGCAGACACUUCGCCCGAGGAUGUUGCGGGAGCAGGUGCUCCUGUACCUUACCAACCACCAGAGCCAGAACCACAGCCGCCUGCUCCCUCUUCGCCGACGGCUUCAAGCGUUGUACCUCCCACUGCCGAGGAGGUGUUGAACAAUCCGAACAAAUUGCCCAGUCCGCCAGUGGAUGAGGAAAAGCCAGGUGGUUUUGUGCCCUACGUGCCGACUGCUCAGCCCAAUCCGGCCACGGCGGCCACCAUUUAUCAACCCAUUGUACCCGUAGCCGGAGUCCAGAUCACUCCUGACCAAAUGAUAACCGCUCAGAAGUAUUGCAAGUACGCCGGAAGUGCCCUCAACUAUGACGAUGUGAAGACCGCUAUCGAGAACCUGCAGAAGGCCCUUAAACUUCUGAGCACAGGAUCCGAGUAGGACUUACAUAUAUGUAUUUAGGAGUUAUUUCCUAGCCACAGUUAUAGCUUAGAGCACCACUAUACCAAUUAAUCUCCCGCUUAACACGCGUUGCGAAACGAAGUAAAAGGAAAUUCAGAUUGACUGACGUUGGAUAAUUAAUUUUAUAUGUGUAUGAGUUGUUCAAAUUUAUUAAAAUUGUUUCUAAAAGUCGUA